UAGCAUUUCGGAAUUUCAGUUUGAGCUCCACUCUGAAUCCGAUUCCCAUCUCAUCAACCCACUCCCUGAAAAUGGCUUCUCUUGCGGCCUCAAUUGGCGUGUCCGAGAUGCUCGGUAACCCCCUCGGCUUCACCAGUGCAUCCAGGUCGGCUCCAACUCCCUCUAGCCCCGCCACUUUCAGAACUGUGGCCCUUUUCUCCAAGAAGAAGCCAGCUGCACCUGCUCCUAAGUCCAAGCCAGCUGCCGUCGCCCCAGCCAAUGAGGAGCUCGCCAAGUGGUACGGGCCUGACAGGAGGAUUUUCUUGCCUGAGGGGCUGUUGGACAGAUCAGAAAUCCCCGAAUACCUGACAGGAGAAGUACCUGGAGACUAUGGAUAUGAUCCCUUUGGCCUCAGCAAAAAACCUGAGGACUUCGCCAAAUAUCAAGCAUAUGAGCUCAUUCACGCUCGAUGGGCCAUGCUUGGUGCUGCUGGUUUUGUCAUCCCUGAGGCCUUCAACAAAUUUGGUGCCAAUUGUGGACCCGAAGCUGUUUGGUUCAAGACUGGUGCUCUGCUUCUUGACGGGAACACCCUGAAUUAUUUUGGAAAGAACAUCCCCAUUAACCUUGUUGUUGCUGUGGUUGCUGAGGUUGUACUGGUUGGGGGUGCAGAAUAUUACAGAAUUAUAAAUGGCUUGGAUCUGGAGGACAAGCUUCACCCCGGUGGUCCUUUUGAUCCAUUGGGGCUCGCAAAUGAUCCAGACCAAGCUGCAUUAUUGAAGGUGAAGGAAAUCAAGAAUGGUAGACUGGCCAUGUUUGCUAUGCUUGGCUUCUUCCUCCAGGCAUACGUCACUGGAAAAGGUCCUGUUGAAAACCUUGCAGCACAUCUGAGCGAUCCUUUCGGCAACAAUUUGCUAACUGUUAUUGCCGGAUCAGCAGAAAGAGCUCCUACUCUGUAAUUUGUAUAUGCCAUUCUUUUCUGAAACUUGGAUAUUGUAUAAUCCGAUGAGACAUUUCAAGGCACUUAACCAAUAUGGUUGUAUUUGGA